AUGAAACGAGAGAAUUCUGUCAGGGCUAAUUGGAAAGACUCGGAAGUAUUCCGGCGAUUUAUAGAAUUAUGUUUGAUUGAAGCACGCCCUAAUAAUUACAGUGGAAGCAGUUUAAAAAAAGAAUGUUGGGAACGAAUUAGAUCAACUUUGAAAGCUGAAAAUAAGGGCGAUUUUACGCAAAGAAAAUUGAAGAAUGAAUGGGAUUAUUUGAAACAAAAAUAUAUAAUUUGGGCAAGACUCAUUGGUAACACAGGGAAUACUCAUUAUGACCCUGUUACCACUACCAUCAAUUGGACUUCAAAGCAAUGGGAAGAGUACUUAAAGGAUAAUCCCAAAGCAAGCAAAUUUUGUUUUAAUCCACUGGAAUAUCCAAAUGAAAUGAGGGCAUUAUUUGAUGGUAUUGUGGCUAGCGGAAAAAAUGUGUGGGGUCCAUCUAAAGAGGGAUUACCACAGGAUGGUCUUGAAUCUUGUUCACAGACAUGUAUCAAUUUGGAAACGGAAGAAAUUGAUAUGGCCUCUUCUUCAACUAAGAAAUCAAAACAGGAAAUCAAGAGUGAAGGCAAACAUCCAAAAAAAACCAAUGUUGAAAAACUACAUGAUGUUGAUAGUCAGUUGAUGAAUGUUAUUGAGAUCUUGGAAAAGUCAGAUGGACCAAGUAUUAAAGAUUGUAACGAGAUUUUAGACAAAAUGCAGGGUUUAACAGAAAUGGAUCCACUGUACCUUGCAGCUUCUAGUAUUUUUUGUGAAAGUAAAGCUUACAGAGAGCAAUGGAUCCAGAUAGCAGAAAAACAUGAAGACUUUAGAUUGAAUUGGAUUGCAAUGAAUGCAAGAAAGCUAGGUUUAUUUUGA